GGCGUCUUAAAAGUGUUGUGGUGUUUAGUUAUCCUGUUUAGGGAUUCAACCCUUUUGUUUUUAUGGUGUCACUUUAAAAAGUGGUCUCCAAAAAAAAUACAAAAUUCCACCUGUACCGCCAAUGUCAAGUUUAACCUAUCGAUACCCACCGCAGACACAAUAUCAUCAACCUGGCUUGGCAGUCCCAGCACCAGCAAUGUCUUCCCAACGUUUUUGCUUACGAUGGAAUAACCAUCAAUCAAACUUACUAUCAGUAUUCGAUCAACUGCUACAUGACGAAAGUUUUGUAGAUGUUACUUUAGCCGUCGAAGGACAACUUCUCAGAGCACACAAAAUGGUUCUUUCAGCGUGUAGUCCUUAUUUUCAAGCAUUAUUUAUAAAUCAUCCUGACAAACACCCUAUAGUUAUAUUAAAAGAUGUACCUUAUAGUGAUAUGAGAAGUUUAUUGGACUUUAUGUACAGAGGUGAGGUAAGCGUAGACCAAGAUAGGUUAACGGCUUUUUUAAGGGUAGCCGAAAGUCUCAGGAUAAAGGGUUUAACAGAAGUUAAUGAAGAAAAAUGUGAUACUAUAACUUCUUCUCUCACUCAACAAAAUCUGAAUGCCAAUAUGCCCCAUUUGCAACGCCUGCAACAAAACAAACGGUUCGGAAAUAAUUUAAACAUGUUAGGUAACGCAUUACUACAGCCGAAGAGGAAAAGAGGCAGGCCUCGGAAACUCUCGGGUAGUUCGAACGGACCUGACGAUUAUGAUAAUAAGGAUAUAGUACAAGGAAGUCCGGAAAUGCUGGAAGUUAAAAUGGGAAUGGACAAUUUUACUGGAAAUAACUCUGACACCAGUACUGGAAAACCAGACAAUGACGAUGAUAAAGUAAAGGAUGAUACGGAGCCAGUCGCUGGCACUUCUAAAGAGCAAACGUUUAAUAAUUCAAAAACCUCAGAUGAUGUCCAGUCUUCUGAUUCUCCCGUUACUCAAAAGCUGUUAACACCUAAGUCCGAGAGUAACGAUCACCCUGAAUAUUCAGAUCAAUCGAAUCAGCUACCCCAUACACCAGAAUCGAGUCGAAUAAGUACUCCCGACAACUUGAAUAAUAACAACAACAUGACCACACCCUCCACCAGUGCAGGGACUGUACAGAAUUCAAUACCCAUGAGUGCGCCCAGUGGCAGACAACCGACGAAACGGAGGGUAAGGCGCAGAGCAACAUCACAAAGUCAAGACCCCGCGGAACAGCUCACGGAAAUGUCAGUUAGAGGUUUAAAUCUGUUCCGGUAUGCUUCGAUAAAUGAAGGAGUUUAUCAGUGUACGGAAUGUGCAAAGGUUGACGUCCAAAAAACAUUUAAAAACAAAUAUAGUUUUCAGCGACACGCAUUUUUAUAUCACGAAGGCCAUCAGAGAAAAGUAUUUCCAUGUCCUGUUUGUCAAAAAGAGUUUUCGCGACCCGAUAAAAUGAAAAAUCACAUGAAAACAGUGCAUGACUGUUUUAUGCCGAAAGAUGUGGUAUUUCCCCCUAUGGGAUUUUUUCCAACUAUGUAAAAUGGUUUACUGCGAUAUAUCGCAUGGAAGCAACUUGAAUAUAUAUCGUACUUGGUGCUACUUUUAAAAAGUAAAUCAAAAUUUCUUCAGCUAAAAGUACAACAUAGUUUUUCAUAACUAGUUAGUUAACAAUGUGAUUAACCCGUAGAGGAUAAAAAGUAACCUUAAAGGUCUUGUAAUUAAUAGUAAUAAUUUUACCAACUGCUAAGCAGUGACUAAUCCAAAAUAAUUUUAAUCAACAGUAACGUACUAGUUUUGUUUGUUUUCUUAAAAAAGUUUAUCAUAGUUUUUUUUCAGUUUGGAUAGUGUUAGGGGUCUUGCAAAUAUUCUAUAGAAUAGGUUGUUUACACCAUAACUAUUGUUUAUAACAAAUUUGUUUAAUUAACAAUUUAAUAUUAUAAGUCCAUGUAGAAUAAUGUUUAUACAAUAUAAAUGAAUAUUGACUGCACAGAGUAGACAAUAAAUAAAUAUAUAUAUUUUAUAUAUAAAUGCCGCAGGCGCACAAAUAAAUAUAUACAUACGUGUAAGUUAAAAAUAUUUUAAUAAAUAUUUAGGUGUUGGGGCAAAGAGAAACAAUAAUUUCUAUUCUGUUUUAUAAUGCCAUUGUGAAUCUUAUUUAUUUUAAUUGCUAUAAGCUUUGUCUUCUGUUAAAUAAUUAGCGUUAGGAUGGAUGACAAAUCAUAAAUUUAGGACAACUUCAAUAAAAAGGAAUAUUUAUAUCUUGAAAUAACACGUUAAGUAAGUCGUUCUGUUUUAUAUCGAUUUCGGAAAGCGAAAUUUUCACAUUUUCUUAUCGGGUAUUAAAGUUUUGCCAGAGAAAAUGUUCUUUGUACCCAAAUUUGCUAAAAAACGUUUUUUGAGAAUGUUAAAAUUAGUCAAAAUGUAUUACUGGAAAUUUAUUCAGUAUGAAUAUUUUUGAGUUAAUUUGUGAGCACGAUGCGUCUCAAUAUUUUAGUUUUCAAAAAAUGAGAUAGUAAUUUUUUAACUUUAACACGUUAAUCGCCAUGUGACCCGACAUCUGAGUCUCAACAAAAUUAUACCACCAGGCCCUGUGACCCAUAUAUGGGCUUCACGACUUGCUUUUGUUCUCGGGUCUGUGAAUCACCAUUUAGUUCUUGCUUUACAUUGCUUCAUAUGGGUUAUUAAAUUAUGGGGCCUGGCCGUCCCAAACAGACUUUGGCCCUGGGAUUUUUUUGUUUUUGAUUCGACAGAUAUGCAUGAUAAAAUAUUCAAAAAAAAAGUUUUUAAGUUUUUUUAUUAGUAUCUAAUGUAAUAUCAGAAAUCCACUAAAGCUAAUUUAGGAACUGAAACAUGGUACCACAUAAACGUGUAAACAUAAACAACAAAAAAAUAAGUACAAAAAUUAUUUUUGACACUUAUGAACGUUGAAAAAAUAUGACGAACAGUAAAAUUUGUUGCAAGCUUGUCAAGAUAACCUCGACCUUUGCCUUUAGCUGGGCUUGUUUUCGACCUUCAGUGCUGCAGAUUUUUUCGUAGCAAAUAACACAUCUAUGGUGGUUUCUGGAGUUGGUUUCCUCUAAUACAUGUUGUUUGGUGUAGUUUUCGUUUUCUUCUUCCAUAUAAUUCAGUUUCAAUAAACUCUGAACAAUUUUUUCUCUGAAGUCUAUUAUAGAUAUGUGUCCUUUUGUACCAUCUUGUAAAGAAUAUAGGCGUUUACUAUAAAGUUCCUAAUAGCAGUUCAAAUGCAAGCUUGCGAUACCACUUUAUUCCCUUUCUCAAGGGCAUGGAAUACGACUUCAAUUGAUCGGAUAAAUCAAUAAACGAUUUACUAUUGUAAUCGCAUAUGUGUCGGUUUGUCAAUAUCAUCACCUCGUCAUUGAACUUUGGUUGUGUCUGCUAUAUGUCAAGUACUAAGAGUAAGUACCUCCCGCUUGUCUUGCCACUUUAGGAUAACCACCCCGUUAUUUUAUUUAAUAACAAUCUCUCCCUUUUUCAGCUUCCUGGUGGUCACUUCUACAGGAUUGAGUUUUCUGUUUUUUCUAAGGGUGACGAUUAGGUGGGUUUCUCGUUUUAGGAGCUCCUGUGCAAGACCAACGCUUUCAUGGAAAUUGUCCGUAAAAAGAACCGUAAAAGUGGUUCCAUAAGUUCAAGGACAAUUUUUGUUGAUGCACUAAUAUUUGGAUCCUUGUCAUUUCCAGUGUAAACUUUCAGGUUGUAUGUAUAUCCUCCUUUGCAAUAAAUCUUGUACAGCUUUAUCCCAAAUUUGAAGGGUUUAUUUUUUAUAUACUAUUUGAACAGUAGACGACCACUAAAUGGAACUAAACUCUCGUCUAUGCAAAUUUCUCGUUCCGGAACAUAAACUUCUUUGAAUUCGUCAGAAAGUAGUCUCGGCAAAGGACUUAAUUUUGCUAAACGGUCACCAGGAAUAGCAUCUUCGUUACUGCUAAAAUGCAGCAAACGCAGCAGCAACUCAAAACGGUUCCUGGACAUCUUUCGGAAGAAUUAAUUUGAAUACAGUGGGCUUCUUCUCCAAUAAUGUGUAACCUUAGGGUAUUUUGCUAAGCCCAUCCACAAACAAAUUGCAAAGAAUGAGCUAAUUUCCUCCACAUCAGUGUCUUUCCAUCUAUGCAGUCUAGAAUGUUGCUGAAUUCCUUUACUGAUCCUUUGUUGAGCAUAACAAUUUGUUUCGGUUACUAUAAGAUUUACUAAAUUGUAAAAAAAUCGACAGGUGUCUUAGCCAGAUAGGAUUCCCUAAUUUUGUCAGAGGGGCCUACUGGACCUAUUAAAUCAAAUUUCCUGUUCCGGUAACAUUAGAUCAAGUCGCAUCUUCAUUUGCUUCAUCAGGAUCAUCAUUGUCCAAGUUGUCGUUAUCCAUUGUGCAAUAUAUCAUAAUAACUGCCUCUAUAGCAUCUUUUACAGACGAGUUUAUAUUCUGUGGUUGAGAAAUUUUCUUGGACAUUGAAGGAAUAGCGUCAUCAUGAUCUUGACUUGCUCUUGGCUUAGAUGUCAAUGCAAUACUUUCUGGCCUAAAAAAUAACUUAGAUAAUACUAUGUAAAAAAAUGGUGAAGAAAUAAUUUGUGAGUACAAUACAGUAAAAAAAAUACCUACAUCAUAUUUUGGGAGAAAAUAAAUGAAAAAUUUUACCUUUUGCAUCUUUUAUGUGGCCUAAAAUCUUCAUCUGAAGAAUAUUGGUUAUCAGAUUUAGGAUUGUAUUCAUCUGAUGAAGACUCACCUUGAAAAGGUUCUUCUUCCAAAUUAGACAAAAAUUUGUCCCAAAUUUUUUGUAAUUCUGCUUGAUUUCUUUUGUAAUCACCACUCAUAUUCACUUCCAAUAGAACGUCCUCUCAGUAUCAAAUAGGAAAACGUAACGAAUAAGCAAGUGCCGUCGGUGACAAGCGUAUACUGUUGGAGCUUUACAAACAAGUCAAAACAGGCAAUGCAAGUCUGCAUGAUGCGUGAACCGUGUUUGAGUCACGGGGCCUCACAGAUACAUAGGCUCCUAGAACCAAACGUUGGUUCACAUUUUAAGAUUAUUUUUUUUUUACGAAAAAAUAUGUCGCAAUGUUUGUAAAUUAUUACGUAAUAUUUUAAAGUUAUCAAUAAAAAUAUCUCUAAAGAGAGUUUUGGCUUAGGCGGAAAAAUUUUACUAUUUGACGUGGGCGAUUAACGUAUUAAUAUCUCAUAAAUGAAAUUUUCGUGAUACCAAAUAGCUUAUUUCUUUUUUCAUUAAUUUUACGAGUCCAUAAUUUACAGUAGGACUGCAUUUUAUUUUUCGUGUAAUGCUAGGGCAUUUUGGUUAUUAUUAAAGAUAAAAGUUAAGUUUUAUGAACAUGGGCGACUUGCGAGGGAAAUCUCUGGGUGAAAGCAGAUCUUAAUUUUUUUUUUUAUUUUGAAUUUGAACAGCCAAAGAAUUAAAAAAAAUGAUUUUUUGUGUGACCUCUGUCGCAGCUACAGUUGACUUAAAAUGUUACCACAUUUUUUUAUAGAAUACAGUGGCCUACUUUUUUGCCUCGUAAUGGUUUUCAACUUACUGAUCAGUUAAAUAUUUAAUGGAAUCAAAGUUGGCGGUGACAUAGUUAAAAAUAGUGUUGAAUGUUUUCUAAAAAUAUAUAUUUUAACUUAUUUCAAAAACCAAAAAAGGGUUCUUUUUUUUUCUAAAUUAAAUAAAAAUAAUGAACUUGGCCAUGAUCAAAAACAAAUACUCUACUAAAAAGCAACUGGUGUCAUAAUUGUAUAUAGCUGGCUAUGGAGAAAAACAAAUUUAAAUAGAUGGAUUAAAUAAGAACUAUUUGCUUCCCGAUAUAAAUCUCUCUUUUUAACUGGCCAACUAUGGUUUCCAUUUAAAUAAUUAUAACCUUGACCUCUAAAUCGAAAAUAUUGACUUAUUAAAAAAAAAA